GGUGCGGCGGAGCGCGCGGACGCGGGCGGCGCGGCGGCGGGCAUGAGGGAGGAUGGAAGGGCAGGACGAGGUGUCGGCGCGGGAGCAGCACUUCCACAGCCAAGUGCGGGAGUCCACGAUAUGUUUCCUUCUUUUUGCCGUUCUCUACAUUGUUUCUUACUUCAUCAUCAGAAGAUACAAGAGAAAAUCAGAUGAACAAGAAGAUGAAGAUGCCAUAGUCAACAGGAUUUCGUUGUUUCUGAGCACGUUCACCCUGGCGGUGUCAGCCGGGGCUGUUCUGCUCUUACCCUUUUCAAUAAUCAGCAAUGAAAUCCUGCUUUCUUUUCCUCAAAACUACUAUAUUCAGUGGCUAAAUGGCUCCCUGAUUCAUGGCUUGUGGAAUCUUGCUUCUCUCUUUUCCAACCUUUGUUUAUUUGUGUUGAUGCCCUUUGCCUUUUUCUUUCUGGAAUCAGAAGGUUUUGCUGGCCUGAAAAAGACUAAGGUCCAAGGGGAGAAGCAGCUUGAGGAGGGACACAAGAAGGGCAUCCGAGCCCGCAUUUUAGAAACUCUGGUCAUGCUCGUCCUUCUUGCGCUCCUUAUCCUCGGGAUAGUGUGGGUAGCCUCAGCGCUCGUUGACAAGGACGCGGCGAGCAUGGAGUCUUUGUAUGAUCUCUGGGAGUUCUACCUACCCUAUUUAUAUUCCUGUAUAUCUCUGAUGGGAUGUUUGUUACUUCUCUUGUGUACCCCCGUUGGCCUUUCCCGCAUGUUCACAGUGAUGGGUCAGUUGCUGGUGAAGCCAACAAUUCUUGAAGACCUGGAUGAACAGAUUUAUAUUAUUACCCUAGAGGAGGAAGCACUCCAGAGACGACUAAAUGGACUGUCUUCAUCAGUGGAAUACAAUAUAAUGGAGUUGGAACAAGAACUUGAAAAUGUGAAGACUCUUAAGACAAAAUUAGAGAGGCGAAAAAAAGCUUCAGCAUGGGAAAGAAAUUUGGUGUAUCCUGCUGUUAUGGUUCUCCUUCUAAUUGAGACAUCCAUCUCGGUCCUCUUGGUGGCUUGUAAUAUUCUUUGCCUGUUGGUUGAUGAAACAGCCAUGCCAAAGGGAACAAGGGGUCCUGGAAUAGGAAAUGCUUCUCUUUCUGCUUUUGGUUUUGUGGGAGCUGCACUUGAAAUCAUUUUGAUUUUCUAUCUUAUGGUAUCCUCUGUUGUCGGUUUCUAUAGCCUGCGAUUUUUUGGAAAUUUUAUUCCCAAGAAGGAUGACACAACUAUGACAAAGAUCAUUGGGAAUUGUGUGUCCAUCUUGGUCUUGAGCUCUGCACUGCCUGUGAUGUCAAGAACACUGGGAAUCACUAGAUUUGAUCUACUUGGAGACUUUGGAAGGUUUAAUUGGCUGGGAAAUUUCUAUAUUGUAUUAUCCUACAAUUUGCUUUUUGCUAUUGUGACAACAUUGUGUCUGGUCAGAAAAUUCACCUCUGCUGUGCGAGAAGAACUUUUCAAGGCCCUAGGGCUUCAUAAGCUCCACUUAUCAGAUCCUUCAAGGGAUUCAGAAACAUCAAAGCCGUCUGCAAACGGGCAUCACAAAGCGCUGUGAGACACGCAGCAGCACUCCGCGAGCCAGGCCCUGGGAGCCCCACACUCCUGACGUCCCCGCCGGUC